ACUGCUGAACCAGUUGAUUUCCGUAUAGGUAUUUUAAUAAGGCUGUCUAGGUUUGAGUAAUUCGGAUAAUCCGCCUCCACAUUGUACGCGCAUUGCUUCUGUGUUGCGGAUGUUCGUUUGUUACGUAUUUCGUUCCACUUCGACGAGCAGCACCGGACGUUUGAAUUAAUAAACAACUUCCCGCAUCUCUCUUUAUCUUGAAACGGUAAACAAGUGCCACAGGACGUAGCCGCAGCGCUGGAGAGGUUAUAUACAGAAAUGACCCCAUUGGGAUCUAUUUUUAAGUCGGGGGCGACGAAACCCCCCAAAAUCGAUCAGCACAGUCUUUUUACAAGUAUUCAAGUUAGCGUGCCGAUUCUUGAAGGAAAGUUACAGGUUUACGAACCAUGGCGACGAAAACGUAACCGGCCCAAGGAGUGUCACGUGACUCUCUACGCCAAUGAAACGAGUCCGUUUCUGGUUUGGUCGAAAGUGGAUAAAGUUAAACAAUCUUCUACAAGCACUUCACCGUCAGGUGGCGAUAGUCCAACAUCUACCUUCAGCAAGGUUCGAUGCGUUCUAUCAGUUAGUCGAGCGAAAAUGUGCAAGACGACCGGGGGUAGUUUCGAACUGACGGAUUUCGCGUCAUCACUCACGUUUCGCUUCAUUGCGGACACGAUUCGUGAGGCGAAUCGUUGGGUGGAAAAGUUAGCUGAGGAAAGUCUCCGUGAAGCAAAUCUCGAUAUGAGGAGCAUCUGCUCCUCUUGCUCUUCGUUUUCCUCCUCCACCUCUUCGUUUUCCUCCCACGCCUCCCCGGACUCGAUCGACGGAGUAUCGCGUUGUUUUUCCGCAUCUUCCACCGAUUCCGCUGAGCGGAGGACUCUGCAUAAAAAAUCCGCGAGUUUUUCAGACGCUAACGGGGCGAUGAUGCAUCUGUUAACUAGCGGAAGUGGAAAUCUACCAUUACCGCUACCUAGCGUCGGGAGAAUCAACGAAGACGAUGGCCAAAUCGAAAACUUCGACCAAGAGGUUUUCACCAUUAAAACCACCGAGGCCCAUCUGGCUGCAUGCAAAGUAGGCCACGUCCGUUCGAACAGCAAAACAUUUCCCCGGGCUCUUGGCUCGCGUCAGCCCCACAUAAGGGCCCAGCCUCAUCUAGGCAUAGGCCUCGCUGUGGACAAACACAGACCUGAGCUUCGCAAUGCUCUGAAAUCGGAUUCCUCACAGGACAGGCCGUUGUCCGACACUGUACGCGACAGGUCUGGAUUGCCUUUUUCUGAGUUUUUCGUCAAUGUUCCAAAUUCGUAAACCAUUCUGUUACACUCCACAAUAUAGUAGGGUGGGGGAAGACGUCGCACCUUUAGCAAAAAAUAUCCAAAUAUUCUGAUCGUGUUUCAAACGAAUAACAACAGUUUAUGGGAGUUGUACGGAUACAGUUUUAUAAUUCUUUGAAUGUUCUUUGUUUACUGCCAAAUUGGAUGAAGAAACAGAAUGAAAAGGUGUCCCAUCUUCUCCCACCCUACACUACUAUGAAUGGUCUUUACAAAAUUGUUCUUUUUGUUCUUUACCACAGCGUGUUCAAGUACUUUCACUUUGCUACCCGUUUAUCGUGCCAUACCCACAUUCCGUUACGUGUUUUGCCUUUACAGUUGCAAUAAUUUCAAUGUUUUUUUUGUUUUUUUGUACAGAUCAUUCUUAAGAAUUACAUUUGCUCUUGGCAUUCCUUUCGUAAAGUCGAUUUUUUCAGACGUAUGUUACGCCACUGAAACCAUUUCGAAAUCAUGUUUAUUCUUAAAAUAAACAAAACUUGUAUUAA